AACCUGUAUUUUUUAACACCGGAAGCAAAAUGGCGUAAACAAAGCGGAUUGUUUUCAUUUUGAUACUGAUUUUGGGAUGUACACAUGACAAAUAAAUCUGAGUGUACGAUAACACAAACCGUAUCGUUCGAUUGUAUUAUUCAUUAUCGAAUGAUUUGGUAUGUCUUUUGUGCAUUCUGCAAUUCAUCAUUAUGACACCAAAUAUCCGAUCAUUGGAAUCACAAAAACAUCGGUGUAACAGCAUUUACGUGUAAGUAUUUUCUUUAUUUACAUAAUAUGUGAUAGUUUUUAUCAAUUUUAUUGCAGAAUGCCUAGAAGAAAUUUUCGUGAACGCGCAGAUGUUUUGGAUAAAUUGUCUAAUAUGGAGUUGGUUGAACGAUAUAGACUUGACAGGAAUGGUAUUUUGUUUUUAAAUGAAAGGCUAGAGCAUGUAAUUUCCCCUUUAACAAGAAGAAACAAAAGUCUUAGCAGCAUUGAAAAAAUACUAGUUUCUCUGCGUUAUUUUGCAACAUCCAACAUUCAAUUAAACGAUGGAGACCUACAUAAUGUAAGUCAGCCUACUGUGUCUCGAGCCAUAAACGAUGUUGUAGAAGCAAUGAUCAACCCAGACAUAGUCAGGCAAUUUAUAUACCUGCCAACAAUGUUAUGGGACAUCCGGCAACAAAAAGAAGAUUUCUUCAACAUUGCUCGAUUUCCCAAUGUCAUUGGUGUUGUCGAUGGAACGCAUGUUCAGAUUCAGGCACCACAUGUAGAUGAACCUCUAUUCGUGAACAUAAUGGGUUAUCAUUCGAUAAAUGCCCAGAUCAUGUUUGAUGCCAGUAACAUCAUUAGAGACAUUGUUCCUCGAUGGCCUGGGUCUGUACAUGAUGCGAGAAUCCUCCGCAACAGCGGAUUUUUCCAGUUCAUGGAAGGCAAUAUUAAUCCUGAAAAACAUCAGUAUCUUUUAGGCGAUUCAGGAUACCCAUGUAAACGGUGGCUGCUAACACCUUUUUUAAGACCUGUUGGUGAACACCAAAAUAACUACAACAUUGCACACAAGAGAACCAGAGCUGUGGUUGAGCGUGGGAUUGGGCAACUGAAGCGGAGAUGGGGUGUGCUCCACAGUGAGAUCCGUAUGGAGCCACUCAAAGCAUGCAAGGUCAUCAUGUGCUGCAGUGUUUUGCACAACAUAUGCAAAGCCAGGAAUAUUCCUAUGGAUGAUGUGCACAUGGAUCAACUACCUGACCAUCCUGAAGACUAUGAUGGCAAUGAGGAUGGUUUGCAUUACCGAAAUGUCAUUGCAACCACAUUUUUUUUAAACAUUGCAUCCUGAUGAACGCAAAAAAAUAAAUGUGUUUGCAUGAAUUCAUUGGAAUAUUAAUGAACCUCAUCAUGCAUGAAUUGUCUGACUGUUUAUUACCUAAUUAUUAAAUGGGCAUAUUAUCAAUAUAUAAAGAAAAAAGUUCAAUUUUUACAGAUAUAUAAUCGUUACUUAUUUUUAUUAAAUUAAAAAAACAACAUAAGCCAUGAGAUUAUCUUAUUCAUAUGGGGCUCGAAAUGUUUAGCAAUAUUUAAGUAAUUUAAGUAUUUAAGUAAAUACCUCUAAUCUAAACUUUUUUUUUAUCAUUCACGGUCAAUAUGCCCAUUUAACUGCCCUUCUCUUAGUGAUUUGAUUUUCAUUUAAGGUCAUUCUUCUUGUAACUUUGCCAGCUGCGCCUCAUACAAUUUGAUUUGAAGUUGGAGCAUCUUCAUUUUCAGUUUGUUCAUGGCAUCCAAACUGCAAUGACUACAACUGAAUAAAAAGAUUCCAUUCAGUAUUUGAUGAGUUUCAUGCUAGGCGUAAAAAAUUGUUUCCACUUACAUUGCCAAAAAUAUUAUAGUAUGUCGGUCACUGUAACUUUUUUCCAUUGAGCUUUUUUUAAACUUCACAUGUUAAUUACCACUAAAACAGGUAAUUUCAAUUACACAAUUGAGUAACAAGGAACAAUCAGUAAAAAAGGACAUUUUUAAAUGUCUACCUUUUUCAUACUUUUUUUCCAAUUGAAAACCUUCUUUUGUGACAAUAUCAUCCCUUGUUUACAUAGUGUUUGUUACAAAAAGGUUAAAUGACAUAUGUGUUCAUAUCACUCAAUUUUGUUUCAUAUUAUAUUCAUUAAAACAAACAAGCAUAAUAUAGCCUCGAUGAAUAAACAUGUAUAGUUACCAAGCAUGUGAGACCACACAUCUUGAAGGAUUUUUCUCUGUGGUUGUACACUUUCUUUGAACAAUUUUAAAAUGUGAAAACUUUAAAUUGAUCAUUUGAUAUACCUUUAUAUGUAAAACACAAUUGUUAUGUCCCCCAACACUAUAGUGGGGGACAUAUUGUUUUUGCCCUGUCUGUCUGCACGUUGGUCUGUUUGCUCCAACUUUAACACUUGCAAUAACUUUUUCAAUAUUCAAGAUAGCAACUUCAUAUUUGGCAUGCAUGUGUAUCUCAUGGAGCUGCACAUUUCGAGUGGUUAAAGGUCAAGAAAAAGGUCAUCCUUCAAGGUCAGAGGUCAAAUAUAUGUGGCCAAAAUCGCUCAUUUUAAGAAUAUUUUUGCAAUAUUGAAGAUAGCAACUUGAUAUUUGGCAUGCGUGUGUAUCUCAUGGAGCUGCACAUUUUGAGUGGUGAAGGGUCAAGGUCAUCCUUCAAGGUCAAACGUCAUAUAUAUGGGGACAGAGUGUUUCACAAACACAUGGCUUUUUUAAAGGUAUGUUUAUUUGUGAGAUGAUUUAUUAUUGUUUUUUUAUGUUUGCACAUAUUCAGAAAUGUUUGCAAAUGGCAAUGAUAUGUUGUUAUUGUAACUUCUUACAGUCUUUUGGGAGGUUGGGACUGAUUUGAACUGCAUCUGUCUGAGCUGAAUAAAUAAGGACAAUAAUUUUAAGAUAUUGUUUAAGCAAAACUGGCCAAUACUCUAUUCCUAGUUGUUACUCUAUCUGGAAUUGUCAAUAUAAUAUGAUAAUGCUGCACCAUGCAUGUAAGAAAUAUUAAUUGACUUUAUAAAGUCACAUGACAAUAAAACAUUAGUACCUUGGCAAAAUAGCAUCCUCUGAAGCAUCCUCAUGACUCUCAGCACUGUAAAUAGUGAAAUUGAAAGUAACAUUACCUGUUUUUAUUAAAAAAACAUAUUAUAGUUACAGAAUUAAAAAAAAGCUAUAUAAAUUUUAAAAACAUAUACAAAUGACUGCGUAUCAAAAGAAAUUAUGUGUUAUAUUACAUGGAACAUUAUUAAUAUAUAGGUACUGUUGUUCAUUUAAGUUAUUUAUGCACAUGCACAUAAAUUAUACCCCAAUAAAUUUUUACCAGUAAACAUUUCUGCCAAAAAAAAUGUACUUAUGAUGUAGUUAUAUAAUAACAUGUUUGGCCGGGUGUUUGUGAGUGUAGGUGUGUGUUGAGAAAUGAAUUUUUCAAUGGUAAUCUGUUUGAAAGAGUGUGAAAUCAGUUAAGCUAUUGCAUAUAAAGUGUUAAUGAAUUGAUCAUUAAACUUGACCCUGUCAGCUGCAAAUAGGUGCUGUCCAGGUUUAAUGGAGCAGUGCCCAUCACCGUUACGGUGUCUUUUCCAAUGACACACAUCACAGCUUCUGUGAUGAUUUUUAUACUUUGACUGAAAAGGGGCACUUCCUGUAAAGAGACAUAAAAUUCUUGACAAUAGUUUGAAUACAAAAAAAACAGUUUACCGGUACAUACCAAUACUUCUUAAAUGGUUUGUUAUAUGUUUUAGUAAUGUGAAUUUGCUAUGCUUUGUGCUAUUGGUCAUUUUGUAUUGGAAAUCAUCCAUCCAUCUACUUCUGCAAUGUGGCUGUAUAAUAAGCAUACAAUGUAAUUAUACAUAAAUAGUUCUUACAAAGGUGGUAUGAUACAUUUCUCAUUACAUGUUUGUUUACGGUAUAUGGAUAUUUUGAAUUAAUUGCUUAAAUAUUUAUUGCAAAUGUCAAAAUAAUUUACAUAUGUUGUUUAUUUGUAAAUAUAUGUCAUAUGUUGUUUAUAUAGUGUUAUUAUUAAAAUGAUGUACCAGUCAUAGAUAACAAACGCU